AUGGUCCAGGCUUCAGACGAAAUGGAGCAACCUGACCUACCCCAAGCUGUUAAAUUGCUUAAAGAAAUGAAUACAAAUGUUCAACAAGUAUCACAACUUGUAGAUAAUAUGUUGGUCAGAGUUAAAAGUGGAGAACUUUCAACAGAUAAAGGACUUAGCUUCCUGGAAAUGAAAUAUCAAAUGCUUCUUAGUUAUCUUAUAAAUUUAACAUAUAUUGUGUUGAGAAAGAGUUCUGGGGAGAAAAUUGAUUCAGAUCCAGCAAUUGAUAGACUUAUAGAGAUAAGAACAGUUCUAGAAAAGAUUCGACCCAUAGAUUCCAAACUGAAAUAUCAAAUUGAUAAAUUAGUUAAAACUGUUGUAGUUGGUGGUGCAACUGAGGAUGACCCUCAAUCAUUUCAUGCUAAUCCUGCUAACUUAGUGAGUAAGAUAGACAAUUCUGAAGAUGAGUCGAGUGGACUCUCAGAUAAUGGGGAGGAUAAGAAAGACAAAAGUACCAAAUCAAACAUCUAUGUGCCCCCUAAACUAGCGGCAGUGCACUUUGAUGCACAUACUUCAAGAGUUGACAGUGAAAAGAAGAGUAAAGAGAAAUCGAGAAAUGAAAAUCUUAAUGCUAGCAUAAUGAGAGAACUCCGUGAAGAAUACUCUGAAGCACCAUUAGAAGUUAGCACUGGUAACCAUGUGAAACAGUCUAUAUCUAAAUUUGAACAAGAAAAGACUGAAUAUGAAGAAAAUUACUUAACUCGAUUACCUGUCACAAAGGCUGAAAAGAAUCGACGGAAAAAGUUGUCAACAGUAGGUAUGAUUGCAGAUGAAAUAACAGGAGCUAGUAGUAAUAGAAAUUCACGAAAACACAAGUUGAAGUCUAAGAAGGGUAAAAGUUUUAAAAGAAAGCGCACUCAUUGA